AUGACAACAACAUGGCUUACAACAAUAUCUUCGACGCAACCGUUGAUGCAUUUGUGUAUGCCAUGGUGGAGAGAAGGGUUUGAAGGGAUUCCGGUGGUGGUGACGGAGACAGGUUGGCCAACGGUGGGCGGCGAAGCGGCGAGCGUUGAGAAUGCGUUGGAUUACAAUGGGAAUGUUGCGAGACGGGCGUUGAAGCGAUCCAGUGUCGCGCAGGAACUGCAUGAGAGGAACCAUGGCCGGCAGGAGACUGUGGUCGAAAGCUCCGGAGGAAGGAUGCAACGCCUAGCAUAUGAAUGGCUUGAUAUAAGUUCCCAGUGGCUCGGACUACAUGUGGUGUGUAAAAUGAGUCUUUUAAGAAGACUUGUUGCCAACGGCAAUGUACCGGACUUGAUUUGCAGGAAUGUGGGCAAGGAUGUGGACUGA